AAAUAGCCAUCCAGAGCAGAACCCCCAAGAGCACCACACCUCAGCCGCUGCAAGCCCUGCGCUCAGCUCCUAACUUCUUCCUUACUCGCCCUCCCGCCAUCACCAUGGUUUCCGCUGACACUGCCCGCACUGUUGUUGGCAUCAUAGGAAAUGUCAUUUCAUUUGGGUUAUUCUUGUCACCUCUGCCAACGUUUGUACAGAUAUGUAAGAAAGGCGCGGUGGAGCAGUUCUCGCCUCUGCCGUACCUGGCAACUCUCCUGAACUGCAUGCUGUGGAUUCUGUACGGCCUCCCUAUCGUUCAUCCACACAGCCUGCUGGUGAUCACAAUCAAUGGCUGCGGCUUCGCGAUCGAGCUCGUCUACCUGAUGCUCUUCCUCAUCUACUCGGAUAGGAAGCAGAGACUCAAGAUCGCCGUGUACUUGGUGCUGGAGUUUGCCUUCGUGGCGGCGGUCUCGGCAGCGGUCAUCCUGCUGGCUCACACCCACGACCGCCGCUCGCUCAUCGUCGGCAGCCUCUGCGUCUUCUUCUGCUGCAUGAUGUACGCAGCUCCCAUGUCGGUGAUGAAACUGGUGAUCCGGACUAAGAGUGUGGAGUACAUGCCCUUCUUCCUCUCUCUGGCUUCCUUCGCCAACGGCAUCUGCUGGACGGCCUACGCGCUCAUCCGCUUCGACCUCUUCAUCACUAUUCCAAACGGGAUAGGCACCGUGCUGGGGCUCAUGCAGCUGGCUCUGUACGCGACGUACUACAAGUCGACGAAGAAGAUUUUGGAGGAGAGGAAGAAGGUGACGAAGGGAGGCGAUCAGGUGUAUCUGGCGGAGGUGGUGGUUUCCAAGGAGCCGGCGAAGAGCGGCAACGCCAUCUACGAUGCCAACGGCGCCAUGAAAUAAUUUACUCGAGACACAGCACUUCAGAGUUGGGUGCAACUAAAGAAUUAUUAAUCCUGUUUGUUGUACUCGCUCUUUCUCUCAUAAUGUUUUUCGUUUUUUCUUCUCUUCUCUUCUCUUCUCUGCUAUGAGGUUGUUUAAACAAAAACAACCCAAUUGAUUUUCAGUGAUGAAGUAAAGCUAAAUUCAC